AUGAAGGCUGUCCUUAUUCUGGGGCUUCUCCUCCUUUCUGUCACUGUUCGGGGCAAGAAAUUUCAGAAGUGUGAGCUUGCCAGAACUCUGAAAAGACUUGGAUUAGAUGGCUAUAAGGGAGUCAGCCUGGCAAAGUGGAUGUGUUUGGCCAGAUGGGAAAGCAAUUACAACACACGUGCUACAAACUACAAUCAUGGAGACAAAAGCACUGAUUAUGGGAUAUUUCAAAUCAAUAGCUGCUGGUGGUGCAAUGAUGGCAAAACCCCAAGAGCAGUUAAUGCCUGUUGUAUACCCCGCAGCAAUUUGCUGAAAGAUGACAUCACUCAAGCUGUAGCAAGUGCAAAGAAGGUUGUCAGUGAUCCACAAGGGUGGCAUGGAGAAACAAAUGUCAAAACCAAGAUCUCAGGAGUCAUCUUCAGGGUUGCAGAGCGCUUCAGCCCUGGGAUGCUCCAACAUUUAAAAAUCGAUCAGCAGAGAAACAGCCAGCCAAAAAGGGCUGAGAAGAAACCAUCAGUGAGGCAGAAUAUAAAGCAGGAGAAGCUGAGGAAGAAAAAGUUUUCAGAAGUAGCAAGUGAUCCACUCUGUCAAAUCCUGCUGAGAGAUCAGGAGCAGCAGGAUGCAUAA